UAUGGGUCCAUGCUCAUCUUAAUAAAGAAAACCUGCUAAAUUACCAAUAGCAGGAAAAAAUUCUGGAGCUUAAGCUGGAGCUGAUGAAUUUAAAGUAGGACCAGAUAUUUUUGUUACACUAAAAUAGGGAUCAAUUAGUAAUUUUUAUAAAAUAGAGAAAAGUCUUGGAAGCGGUAUUAGAUAAUAUAUAAAAUUUUAGGAGCAUUUGGAGAAGUUCGAUUAGUUAUUCAUAAAAGUUCAGGAUGUAGAAGGGCAAUGAAAUAAAUUAGAAAAGAUAAAAUUAUUAAGGAUGAUGAGGAGAACAUGUUCUCAGAAGUCAAUACUCUUAAAGAGUUGGAUCAUCCUAAUAUAGUUAAACUUCAUGAACUAUUUUAGGAUACAAAAAAUUAUUACCUUAUUACAGAGUAUGAGUAAUAAUAAUCAUAAAUAGAUUUUUAGAAGGAGGUGAAUUAUUUCAAAAGAUUACAGAAAUGAAAUAUUUUACUGAGAAAAUGGCUGCAGAUAUUAUGAAACAAAUAUUAGGUGGAGUAGUACAUUGUCAUGAGAAAAAAAUUGUUCAUAGAGAUUUAAAACCAGAAAAUAUACUUUUUGAAAACAAGAAACAAAACUCAAAUUUAAAAAUUAUUGAUUUUGGAACAUCCAAGAAAGUUGAAAGCAAUCAAAAUUUAACUAAAAGAUUAGGAACUGUAUUAUUAUAUAAAAUAAACUUAUAUAGCCUUAUUAUAUUGCACCUGAAGUUUUGAAAAGAAAUUAUAAUGAAAAAUGUGAUGUUUGGAGUUGUGGAGUUAUACUUUAUAUAAUGCUAUGUGGUUAUCCACCAUUUGGAGGAUAAGAUUAAGAAAUUUUAUAGAAUAUAGAAAUAGGAAAAUAUGAAUUUGAUCGUAACUAUUCUUAUAUUAUACAAUUAGCUGAGGAUUGGAAUAAGAUUUCAGAAGAAGCAAAAAAUUUGAUUAAAAAAAUGCUUACUAAAGAUUAUACUUAAAGAAUUUCAGCUUAAGAAGCAUUUAAUGAUCCAUGGAUUUAAAAGAAUGCUCCUAAUGCACCUAUUGAUUUCAAAGCAAUAAAAAAUUUGUCAACUUUUUUCGUAUAUAUUUUUUUCAAUUUUUUAAGGGGAAAAACAAAGUGAGAGCUGCUUUGAUGCAAUUUAUUUCAACUAAUCUAAUGACUAAUGCAGAGAAAGAAGGAUUACUAAAUGAGUUUAAAAAAAUAGAUAAAGAUGGUAAUGGGUAAAUUAGUAAGGAUGAAUUACUAUAAGGUAUAAAUAUAUUUUAUUAUUAUAGUUUAUUUGAAACAAUAUGAUGAAAUCAAAGCAAAAUAAAUGGUGGAUGAUAUAUUUGAUAAAGUAGACACUAAUAAAUCUGGUUUUGUCGAUUUUACUGAAUUCAUUACAUCAGCUGCUAAUGAAGAGAAAUUAUUGAACAAAUAAAGAUUACAAUAAGCAUUUAAUAUGUUUGAUACAGUAUAUUAUACUUUAAUCAAUUUUAGAAUGGUGAUGGUUAAAUAAGUAGAGAUGAAUUAUAAGAAAUAAUGGGAGGAAUUGAUGAUAAUCUAUGGAAGGAAAUUUUAUCUAUGUGUGAUUCUGAUGGAGAUGGGUAAAUUUCAUAAUAAGAAUUUAUUGAAUUUUUAGUCAAGAAAUAUGAAUGA